CCCGCCGGCCAAUAGGCGUUGGUCACGUGACUCGCCCGGAGGCUUCUUCCUUUUUCGCGUGGGCCAGCGAGCUUAAAGGCCGGGAGCCAUGGAGGAAUAUGCCCGGGAACCUUGCCCCUGGCGGAUCGUGGAUGACUGUGGUGGUGCCUUUACUAUGGGAAUGAUUGGCGGGGGUGUCUUUCAGGCAAUUAAAGGCUUUCGCAAUGCUCCAGUGGGUGUCAGGCACCGAUUCAGAGGCAGCAUCAAUGCUAUCAGAGUCAGAGCACCACAGAUUGGAGGGAGCUUUGCAGUGUGGGGUGGGCUUUUUUCUACGAUUGAUUGUGGUCUGGUGAAAAUGCGAGGCAAAGAAGAUCCUUGGAAUUCCAUUACCAGCGGGGCACUCACUGGGGCUGUAUUAGCAUCACGCAGUGGGCCGUUGGCCAUGGUAGGCUCUGCUAUGAUGGGAGGCAUCUUGCUUGCCUUGAUAGAAGGUGUUGGCAUUUUGUUGACAAGAUAUACAGCCCAGCAGUUUCAAAACCCCAAUCCCUUUGGAGAAGAUCCCAGUCAACUGCCUCCCAAAGAUGGUUCACCACCUACAGGAUAUGCAGGCUAUGGACAAUAUCAGUGAGCCAAUGUGGGGCCUGAAUCACUUCUAUUUUUAGAAUCGAGCAAGUUUUUUCCCCUUGAAACUAAGACAUUCACCCAAGAGUGCAAACAAAGCAUGGAAGGGAUUUGGUUCUUAGAGUUAUCUUUUAAUUUUAGCAGAGGGGAGGGGCAAGGAAAACAUGGUUGGGGGUUUGAGCUGUAUAAUAUCUACCUCUAUGAGGAGUUAAGAAGCUUGCAGUGAUGAAAUGAGGUGCCCCAGGAUUAAUUCCAUACAAUGACGGAACCAAAGCUUAUUAGGAGAACUUGGAAUCCUAGGAUGAUAUUUGCCUGAAAAACUGGGGUGUGCAAUUACAAUUAAUCGACCAUGGCAAAUUUUAAAGGGCCGUUUUCCUGACUUUCUGAUGGAAGGACUCGUCCAAUUUUUUCUGUUUGGUGGGAACUCCUCUUAAGUUAUCUUUUAAAAGUCUGUAAACAAUGAAUGUGUUUUCCCAA